AUGGCAUCCGCACUGGCGCCUCGAAUCGCCCGACUUACCCCCCUCACCACCUUUUCUCGCCGGACCGCGACCCAGACGACCCGGGUUUUCAUCUCGCAGUACAGCACCAGCUCCGAGGAAGUCAUCAAGAUCCAGCAGAUCCCUGCACCAGGAUCUGGACAUGUGCGCGUGCUGCAGCUAAAUCGACCUAGCGCCCGAAAUGCCAUCUCCCGUCAGCUGCUCGACAGUCUAUCGCAGCAUGUCAAGUCUAUCGCCGCGGAGGAAGGCAAUGGCCCCACGCGUGCUUUGGUAGUAGCAAGCAACGUUGAUGCUGCAUUCUGCGCGGGCGCAGAUUUGAAAGAGCGCGCCAAAAUGUCACCUGCCGAGACUGAAGAUUUCCUUUUGGACCUCCGCACCACCUUUAAAGUCCUCGCAAACCUCCAGGUCCCUACUAUCUCCGCCAUCUCCUCCAUGGCUCUGGGAGGUGGUCUUGAGCUCGCCCUUUGCACUCACCUCCGUGUUUUCGGCUCCUCCUGCAUGGUCGGUCUCCCGGAGACCCGUCUCGCGAUUAUCCCCGGUGCCGGUGGAACUUACAGACUGCCUGCGUUGGUUGGUAUGAACCGGGCGCGCGAUAUGAUUCUCACCGGGCGCCGGGUGACAGGCCCGGAGGCCUAUUUCAUGGGGCUGUGCGAUCGUCUGGUGGAGAUCUUGCCCGAGGAGGCGACACAAGAGGGCGUUGCACGUGAGAAGGUUGAGAAGGCGGCCAUUCGGUUGGCGCUGGACAUCUGUGAGGGUGGACCUAUUGCCAUUAAGCAGGCGCUUUUGGCCGUUGAGGGCUCGCCGAUGGGCGAGGCUUCUGAAAACCGGGCUUAUGAGGGCGUUAUCGAGACCGAGGAUCGGUAUGAGGCGCUGCGCGCUUUUGCUGAGAAGCGCAAGCCUGCUUUCCGAGGACGGUAA